AUGCUCAGUGCUUUUUUGAAAUAUCUCCAUUCUCUCCCAAAAUCAUGUCCGACUUUCAAGUUUGUAAUAGUCACAGGCAACGAGAGUUGCGACCUGGAUAGCAUUGCCUGUGCAACCUGUUACGCUUACAUAAAAUCGAAGGAGGAUCCGGAUAAAGAAGUAAUCUACAUCCCUUACUGUAACAUACCUGAAUCUGACAUCGACCUGCGAACUGAAGCUACAUUCUGGCUAAGAAACUGUCAGAUUGACAAGAAAGAUCUGUUUUACGCCGGCAGCUUGAACUGGUUGUUGGGUCCAGAAUACGCAAAAGAACUGUCCCUCAUUUUGGUUGACCACUUUCAGAAGGAACCGAGCAAUGCCUUCGUAUUCUGCCCCGUUUCUGAAAUAAUUGACCAUCAUCCUCUUCUUCCAGAUUAUCGAAAGCCAGGGACAUGCCAGUUCUUCCUGGUUGAAAAAGUCGGUUCCUGUUCCUCUCUUCUGGUCCACGAACUCUUCAACCGGAUUUCACCGGCGUUGAUACCACCAGAGCUUUGUCGAUUGUUGUACGGUGCUAUACUGAUUGACACUGAUGGGCUGUCGGAACGAGCAGUGGAAAUUCAGAAAGCAACUCAGAAGGACGUGGAAGCUGUGAGAAAGUUGGAAACCUUUGCUGGAAUGGCCUUACACACUGUAGGGACCACGAGGACAUCCAUUUACGCGGCGAUCUUGGAGGCCAAGUUUUGUAUCGAUGGUCUUUCACUUUGGGACUUACUCCGAAGAGAUUGCAAAAAAGUCAUUGCUGACUCUGAUUCCCACACUGAUAUUGUGUGCUCCACAAUCACAGGCAUGGACUUUAAGGAGCUUUUGGAUCGUGAUGAUUUCAAUCAGGAGGCGGCUCGGUUUUGCGAGGAGCAGAAUGCACGGGUGCUGGUGUGUGUGACUGUAGGACUCGCCUCCCUGCCCUCCCGUGACCAUUGUCUUGACCAGCCCAGCUCCAUGCCACUUUCCAAAAAAUUUCAUCGGGGCGUUGUUGUCACUGCGCCUGUUAGGUACCGCAACCUCAUGAACAGUGUAAAGGAUGCCAUAUUUAUUCUUUCAUUUAACAUAAUGUUGUGGGCCCACCUGCUGGCGAAUGCCAAGGAUUUUCUCGUAGGAUACCCUCUGGGUGGGGAAUUAAGCCACCACAGCAGUGUCGGUGAAGUCGAAACCGGUGUCUAUGUUGCGCGUAUAACUGACGAGGCAGUCACACGAAAGCAGUUGAUACCUCUUCUCAUUGACUUUUUGCGCUCACAAAAGUAA